AUGGAUGUACCAGAGGGGAAUGGAAACCCUUUGGGCAAUGGACUCGGUCGAGCUAGGCAAACUCGACCGAUUGGUCAAGGAGAUGCUCCAAACCGCCACCAACAGAGACAAGGGAUUGUUCCACCACCAGUGCAGAACCACAACUUUGAGAUCAAGCUGGGAAUGAUCAACCUUGUCCAGAACAAGAUGUUCCAUGGAUUGCCAAGUGAAGACCCCAUUGACCACCUUGAUGAGUUUGAUAGGCUUUGUGAUUUGACAAAGAUCAAUGGUGUCUCUGAAGAUGCCAUCAAGCUGAGACUCUUUCCUAUGUCUCUAGCUGACAAAGCUCACCAAUGGGAGAAGAGCUUGCCCCAUGGCACAAUCACCACUUGGGAUGAAUGCAAGAAGGCCUUUCUUGCUAAGUUUUUCUCCACCGGUCGCACAGCCAAGCUUAGAGGAGAGAUAUCCAGCUUCAUCCAGCGAAACAAUGAGACAUUCGCAGAGGCUUGGGAGAGGUAUAGGGAGAUGCUAGACACAGCUAGCAAUGGGAACUUCCUCAACCAGGAUGUAGAUGAUGGCUGGCAACUUGUGGAGAACAUAGCUAACUCAAAUGGAAGCUAUGGAGAAGAGUAUGAUCGCACCAACCGGAGCUCGACCCACCACUCGAUCGAGUCAGACGAAAAGUUGAGAAAAGAUGUUAAGGCAUUGAAUGAGAAGUUGGAUAAGCUGAUCCUAGCUCAGUCCACAAUGAAGAAAGUCAACUUUGUGUCUGCUGAGGAGAUGGAACCAGUCCAAGAAGGGGAGGAUACACAAUUUGCUGAGGUGUGCUACAUGAGCAAUGGGCAAGGAGGUUACAACAAAGGAUACUAUAAUUACAAGUCCAACCCUGCCAUGUCAUACCGCAACACUGAUGUUGCUAACCCUCAGGACCAAGUAUAUCCUCAACAACAAGCAGCUCGAUCGAGUCAGGUGCCACAACAUGGGUAUGGUCAAAAGAACAAUUACCAAGGACCACAAGGCACUUUCCCUGGACAACAAAUGAAUAUCCCACCAGGCUUCCCCCACCAACCGCCCCAGCCUGCACCUUCACAAGAGAAUGAGCUCAAGGCAAUGCUAAAGCAACUACUUCAAGGGCAAGCUGAUGGGGUAGUGGACACAAGCAAGAAGCUAGCUGAAAUAAACUCUAAGAUCGAGAACCUCAACACAAGGGUUUACUCUCUGGAGAAUCAUGCUUCUUCUGUUGCUGCUGCUACAAAGCAAGGACAACUACCUGGUAAAGCUAUUCAGAACCCCAAGGAACAGUGCAAGGUCAUCUUCACUCAAGAAGGACUUGUUGAAGAAGAGGAUCAAGAAAGGGUCAUUGAAGAUUUUUGUUUACUGCUGAAUGAUGAAGAGAUUGUUGCUGCUGAGGCUCCUGGAGUCCAGAUUGAUCAACCAGAAGUGCAUGCACCUACUGUGGCCAUUCACACUUCACCAGUUGAGCUCGCACGACAAGCUCGAUCGGCAGCUCGAUCGAGUCCAACUCUAGCUCGAUCGAGUCCGACCUCUUCUGUCCGACAGCCUGUUUUGCUUGAUCCUUAUCAACCGGUUGCCGCUUCCUCGUCUCGCCUACUUAGUCAAGGUCACAAGGAAGUGAUUCACAAGUUCAGAAGAGAUCUCAGUGGGAUUGGAAUUGAGUUGCCUCCUAUGGAUAGCAUGAGUGAGGCAUUUGAUCAAAUGCAAAUGGUCAAGGAUGUUCUAGCCAACAGUGAUAAAGUUUCAGAGGUCCUACAAGAGUCUACUCAUCAGUUCAACCUGCUUACUUCACCCACCUUCCUACCAAAGGUCAAGGAUCAAGGGAAAUUCACUCUCCCUUGCACACUUGGGCAUCUUGAGAUUGACAAUGCCUUAGUGGAUUCUGGAGCAAGCAUCAAUCUGAUCUCUCUCUCCAUGGCAGAGAAGCUAGGCAUUGCUGGAGCCUUGCAGCGCCCUACUACUUCAAUCAUGUUUGGAGAUGCAACUUCUAAGUCUCCUCUUGGAGUGUUCAAGAACUAUCACUUGAAAAUUGGAGAAUGCAUCAUCCAAACUGAUCUCACUGUGAUGGAAAUGGAAGAAGAGAAGGAUUUACCUCUGUUAUUGGGAACCCCUUUCCUUAGUACAGUUGGCGCUUCAAUAGACUUUCACAAGCAAGAAGUGAUCCUUCACAAGGUGAAUAGUUUGGUGUCAUAUCGCUUGCAGCCUAGAGGUUCAGACUUUUGUGCCACAAUUGACAGUACCACUCUCAGUUCUAAGAGUCAUGGAGCUACAAAGGUUGUGAAGGAAAGGGUUGACAAGGAACCAAGAGUUGGGAAGGAUAAGGAUGAGAGAGGACCAAGGAUUGAGAAGCCACGUCUUGAGAGGGCUAGAGUUGAGAAACCACGAUCUGAUAGGCCACGAGCUGAUAGACUUGUUCAAGCCCCUUGUGUGCUUGAUGAAGAGAGCCUUCAAGCUUUGUUUGAUGAGCCACUAGGAAGGGCUCUAAAAGAAGGGGAGGAUGUAGCCUCUAAGGCAAGACCAGGGAUAAAAGAAAGGAUCCACCAGCUCAGGCCCCUUCAGUCAAGCCAUCUCAGCUCACAAUGA